AGAGGCUUCAUUCCUGGCUCCACAGAUUCAGCCUGACGCAUCCAAGGCGCGCGCAAGAGAAAACCCCGGCGUGUGUGAAACGCGUUUCCUCCAUCAGAGGCCGCCGAGAUUGAGGAGAUACUUGGCCCCCCGCACGCUGGAAAUCUCUUUAUAUAUUUUUUCUUUUUUUUCUUCCUGACAUGCUGUGAGAUUUACCUCCGUUAGCCUCGCGGCUUUGCAAGCGCACCGAAAAACUGAGCAAUCCUUCGGUCAUGUGCACCUGCCAGAGCUCCGCUGCGGGACCGGACUGCUGAAGAAAAACAGGGGGGCAACUUUGGAGAAGAAGUUGCCAUAUAGAUCGUUUGUUGGCGCUGGGGUGGAGGGGCGAACUGAGUCCCUCCAUCGUGUAGAGUCACCUUUUAUUUUCUUCACGUUUUCAUCCCUUGACAGAAAGGCGAAACGGCGACUUCAGUUGAUUAUCUGUCUUUCCUUUGCUAUCCAAUGGAUAUUCACUGCAAAGCAGACCCCUUUACGGCGAUGCACCUAUCCCACGUAGGGCACGGAGGUGUGAACCAGCUCGGCGGGGUUUUUGUUAACGGCAGACCCCUCCCGGACGUGGUCAGGCAGCGGAUUGUGGAGCUGGCCCACCAGGGUGUCCGGCCCUGCGACAUCUCCAGACAGCUGCGGGUCAGCCACGGUUGUGUCAGCAAGAUCCUGGGCAGGUGGGUGAAGAUUCCCCGGCCAAGAUAUUAUGAAACGGGAAGCAUCAAACCUGGAGUGAUCGGUGGGUCUAAACCUAAAGUGGCCACCCCUAAAGUGGUGGAAAAAAUCGCAGACUACAAAAGACAAAACCCAACAAUGUUUGCCUGGGAGAUCAGGGACAGGCUGCUGGCAGAGGGCAUCUGCGACAACGACACCGUCCCCAGCGUCUCGUCUAUUAACAGGAUCAUCCGAACAAAAGUCCAACAACCUUUCCAUCCAUCUCCUGAUGGGACAUCCCUGUCGACGCCAGGACACACGAUUGUUCCAAGCACAGCUUCUCCACCUGUAACCAGCGCCUCCAAUGACCCUGCGGGAUCUUACUCUAUCAAUGGAAUUCUGGGAAUUCCACGAUCCAAUGGUGAAAAGAGAAAAAGAGAUGAUGAUGGUUCAGAUGGUUCUGGCCCAAACAGUGAUUCUCAGGGUAGUGUGGAGAGUUUACGGAAGCACCUGAGGGCAGAUGCUUUCACACAGCAGCAGCUGGAAGCUCUGGACCGGGUCUUUGAACGCCCCUCGUACCCCGACGUCUUCCCCACAGCAGAGCAUAUCAAACCUGAGCAGGCUAACGAGUACUCGCUCCCUGCCCUGAAUUCCAGCCUGGACGAAGUCAAGCCCAGUUUAUCCUCCACCGCCAACCCAGACCUGGGCCCCAGCGUGUCGCAAAGCUACCCUGUAGGUCGAGACAUGGCCAACACAACCUUACCAGGGUAUCCCCCUCACGUUCCACCCACAGGCCAGGGCAGCUACCCAACCUCCACACUUGCUGGAAUGGUUCCUGGGAGUGAGUUUUCAGGGAACCCCUAUAGUCAUCCGCAGUACACAACCUACAAUGAAGCAUGGCGAUUCAGCAACCCAGCAUUACUAAGUUCCCCUUAUUAUUAUAGUGCCGCAUCGAGAGGCUCGGCCCCUCCCACUGCUGCCACUGCCUAUGACCGUCACUAGUUACCAUCGAAACCAAAUCAACCUGCAAGAUCAUAGCCUCGGCCUCCAUAUCCCCCCAGUGUGAUGAGAAACACCCAUUGGACACUGCUGUGCAAAAAAAGAAAAAUGCUCAUAUGAAAAGAAAACUCUGCGAAAAUGAAGAUAACGGCUGUCCAGCACUGUAGUUUUUUGGAGACACAAAGCCAAUAUAAAUCCUGAGGACAUCAUCAUGGACACCUCAAGACACUUCCAGAAGAGACUUGUUAUUGAAUAACUGCAUCUGUUAAAAAAAAGAGUGCAAGAAAGAGCAAAAGGAUCAAGGCAAAUAUUUUCUGAAUUUAUUUCCAUCUUCUGCAGCCUCACACUUCUAUGCCAUCGUGGAUCAGUACUUCACAUUCCUUCUCCUGAUGCCUCUCAGCGGGGUCGUUGUUCUGAGCUUCAGAUGUAGCAGCAGUCAUAUUUCUGUUUUUGCAUUAGUCUUACAUGAUUCAUGUGGUGGUGCAGAGAGAUCGGGGGGCUUCGUCAGGCUGUGGCAGAUGCUUUUCCACCGUUUGAACACUCACCAACCAAACAUCCAGCAUGAGAAACCUGGUUGUUUAUGACGCCAUGAGAAGAUUACGACACGUUCUCUGUGAAACACAAUCAAGAUGUAAAAAUGAAAAUGAAAUAAUAAAACUAAAAACUGGAAAAAAAAACCACAAGUUUCAAGAUAGAGGGAGCCAUGGCAGUAUAGCCCCAUGGCCUCACUAUUUGCAAGGUUUCAAUGGACUAGUAAAUAUAUUCUUAAAAGAUUUUUUUAUUUCAUUUUUAUAAUUCGUAACGAUUAAACUGCAGACUGCUUGGCUAGUGUUUUACUAUUUCUUAUUUGUGAAAAAUCCAGACGUCAUCAGGCAAAACCUUUGUACCUUUUUUUUGUGUUAAUUUUGCACUAUUUUGGAGAUUUGAGACACUGGAGCAUUAUUAUGCAGGAAAAGUAUGUGUAUAACUGUUUUUAUUUCAUGAAACUGUAAGUAUAAUAAGUCAAUCGGCAAAGGCACUUACAGUUUUUUAGUUGUGAAUCAAGGCCCAUCGUGUCACUGACUUGACGUGCACUAUGCUACUGUAUGUUCUCACAACUUCAAUUUUUAUUUAAGUUGAUUAAGUCUUUGGCAUUCAACCACAAAAAACACACACGCAUCAUAAAUACACAUAUACAAGCAACCCCAAAUCAAGCCACUACUAUCAUUUGUCUGAUGUUUAACGCUCUGAUGGUCUUCAGUAAAAUCCAAAAGCAGGGCGAUAAUUAAAAUGCCUUAAAUGUGUUUCUUUCCAACUUUAGCUCCUACACCCAUCAAUCAAGCUGGAAUUAUUUCUCUUCAUUUGUCAGCUGAAUGUAUUGAAUUAGCCAAAGACUUAGUUCUUGUUAAUGUUUAUUUACAGGACACCGAUAUGCAUCAUGAGAGCAGUAUUAUUAUUAUUACUAUUAUUAUUAUUAUUAUGAACCGCCCACAUUGUUCAAGUGGAAAUGUAUAAAAUUCUAUGCAGUGCAGAGAUGGUCGUUAUAUGCAUAUUCAGCUGCAAACCUAAAGGUAGGUGGAGUUUAUUUAAUUUUUUUUUUUUUAAAUGUUGAUUUUUGUAGAAUCGUUUUUGUGUGUGAUGUGAAAACACUUCGCUGUAAAUACAGUAAGGCAAAAACAUCUUUCAUGUUCAUGGGUAUUAUCACUUUCAUUAUGCUGGUAUAACUUGUACAAUAAAAAAAAGUGUCUGAAAUCUU